GAAACCUGUUGCUCUCAAAGACUAGGAACCCAACUCUACUGGCCUUGGAGUACGUGCUGGUCCACACAAGAUAUCUUACUGUUAGGUGUAAUCACCAUUCGGUCGGUAACCAGACAGAUGCAGACCUGAUCUCGGCAAGAAGGAUGGAUGGUGACUCUCCCAAGGAGAGAGAUGCCAGAGCAUUAACAGAUACCUUAUUCAGUGAACUACUUUCAUCCGAAGAAACUUUUGUCUCUGCCGCAGAGGGCAUUAAAGAAUCACAAGAUACGGACUCUACACUACUGGAACCGGAGGGGAAAACACACCUUUCUACUUUAGGGUUGCCGGAAGCAACAGCUGUUUCAGAAGAGGAAGCUGCAGAAGAUGCCUCCAGCAACAAGACUGGUGAUUCAUCUUCAUGUCAGGAUCUGUCAAGCAGUGUCAUGUGCCAAAAGAACCAGGAUAAUGGCUCUCCCAAUGAGAAAGAAGUGGAGGCAGAAUUCCUACGGCUGUCUCUUGGAUUCAAAUGUGAUCUCUUUACUUUAGAGAAGAGAGUCAGGCUUGAAGAACGAUCUCGGGAUCUUGCGGAAGGGAGCCUGAGGAAAGAAAUUGCCGGUGCUUUGAAACUACUUGAUUCUUUAGCCUCUCUAAGCGAAGAUAAUCAGGUGCUGGAGGUAGUUAAUAAGCUGCAGAAGAGUUUGAACCUGCUGGAUCAGCAUGCCACCAGAAUUGCUAGCAAAGCAGAAAUGCUGGGAGCUGUUCAUCAGGAAAGCCGGGUCAGUAAGGCAGUAGAAGUGAUGAUUCAGCACGUGGAAAACUUAAAGCGUACAUACGCAAGAGAGCACGCAGAACUGGAAGAGCUGAAGGAGCUAUUACUCCAGAAUGAGAAGUCUUUCAGCUCUCCGGGGGACCGAGACGACUCUUCAAUUAGAAAACUCUCUGGUUCUCUCAAGGCUCAGAUGAAUGAAACGGACGGAAACAACCGGAAUGAAAAAUUCAACAGGCGCUUGAGUUGGAGUCUAAAAGGAACCAAACCAGGAGAAAAACGGCCAUCGCUGCAGCGAUUCAUUAGCUCAGCUUCCUGGACAGAAUCGGAGGAAGAACAACCUGAAUUAGAGGCUUCUCUUCAGGAACCGGCAGCUCCAGAGAUCCAGGGAAGCAAAGCACGAAAGCUGAGCGAAAAGGAAAGCAACACAACUAAAGGGGGGCUACGCUCACUAUGCACGAGAGUAUUUUCUUGGGCCUCCUCUCUUAGGACUUCCUUCUCCAGGAUUAGCAGAGCCCUCUAUGUCUCUCUCAUUGCAGUCGUGUUCUUUGCCAUCCUGGUGACUUUUUUCAUGGGGUUCUCCUUCCAUCAACCUGUGGAAGCCGCUCCUGAUGGCACCGGGACCGCUUGGACCUCAGUACAGAAAUUCUUGUGGCCAUACACACGUCUUCUCCACCAUGGACCACCGCCUGUAUAAUUCAGCAGUAUUCAGAAUGGAUUUUUCUAAUGCAGGUUU